ACGGCACAAAGUGCACGCGUUGUUUCAACCGAAGAAGAAGAAAAACCCGGAAGUGUCUUGGCUAAUUUAUGGAAGCCGAACCUCGUUCUCAUCAGGAUGAGCCGGCAAGCAGCUGAACAGAAACGCAGCGAGGAAGACUCCGCGGAGCGCGAGGACUUCUUUGACUGCCAAGAGACUUUGGAGCAUCCGGACCGAGGAGACCGGGACGGACGACGCCCGAACGCGGACUUGAGACACCGGCCGACAGACGACACGAGCACAGAACCGGCGGGGGACGAUUCCGACGACGACUCGAAGGACUUUGGAGGAGAAGUGGCAGAAGAUGACCAUCAGGAGGAGGAAGAGGAGAAUUUGACGGAGGCGGAGAUGGAGAGCCGACGACUAGAGAGUCUCACCUUGAAGGAGGAAGGAAACCGCCACUUUAAAAACGGAGAUUGGUCUCCGGCGGAGCAAAGCUACACGCAGGCGCUGCGUUUGUGUCCGCGCCCUUUCAGCCGAGAGCGAGCCGUCUUGUUCUCCAACAGAGCCGCUGCCCGACUGCACCUGGAGCGGAAGGACGACGGGAUCGCCGACUGCUCCAGAGCGCUGGAGCUGAAUCCAGACUACGUGAAGGCCUUGCUGAGGAGGGCGGAGCUCUACGAGCAGACGGAGCAACUGGAAAAGGCGCUGGACGACUACCAGGCGGUUCUGGAGCGAGACCCCGAGCAGACGGCGGCCAGGCGGGCCUGCGCGAGGCUACCGCAGCAGAUCCACGAAAAGAACGAGAAGCUGAAGGCAGAAAUGUUGGGUAAGCUGAAGGACCUGGGGAACCUGGUCCUGCGACCGUUCGGCCUGUCCACCAACAAUUUCCAGGUCAACCAGGACGCCGCCACGGGCUCCUACUCCAUCAACUUUGUCAACAAGGCCGGCGACACGUGAAAUAAAAGCCUUUGCCGUCCCA